AUGAGAUACGACGUUCAAGAGUUGCUUCAUCAGUCUGCUGAGGAUCCAUUCGCCAGAUUUGCAAAUGGGAUGGCAUAUCAUCCAUUUCUGCAACUCUCCCGACCCACUGAUUUCAGCGUAUCGUCGCUGUUGACGGCGGGCACCCAGCAGUUUUAUUGCAACAGCAGCAACAGCAUCAACAGCAAUUACAUUUGCAGCAACAGCAACAACAGCAGCAGCAUCAUCAUCAUCAUCAACAGCAACAACAACAACAGUUGCUUUGUGGUGUCGCAAGCCUCACCUGUGGGUGGUCAACAACCGCCACUGUUAUCGCCUGGCAGCAAUAAUAAUAAUAAUACAAGUAGUAGUAAUAGUAUCGGUAGCAAGUCGGCUGUGAGCAAUAGCAGUCACAACAGCAGUAGCAACAAUAACAACCGCAAUACACCCACCACAAAUAACAGUAGCAGCAGCAACAACAACAACGAUCCUCAAAGUAGUAACAACAAUUUGUCAACACAACAACAACAGCCACUAGCUCAUCCAACGCCACAUUUGUCCUCACCACACCUAUCGCCGCAUCGUCAACCGCCGCCACCACCGCCACCAACGCAUACGCAUCCGCACGCACACGCCGCACAACCGCCACCACCAGCGCCCCAACAUCCACAUCACUCCCCUGUGCCGGGUCAUCACGCGUUGGGACCACAUCUGCCCCAACAGGCAUACUUUCCAGCCGCCGCUCUUGCAGCGCUAGCAGGCAGUCCGGCUGGUCCACAUCCGGGCUUAUACCCAGCUGGUUUGCGUUUCCCGCCACAUCAUCCGCACGCUCAUCUCCCCUUGGGUACACCCUACACGACCGCCGAGGACGUGGUGCUCGCAUCAGCGGUGGCGCAUCAGCUACAUCCAGCAAUGAGACCGUUGCGUGCGCUACAACCAGAAGACGACGGCGUUGUCGACGAUCCGAAGGUGACGUUGGAGGGCAAAGAUUUGUGGGAGAAAUUUCACAAGCUCGGCACGGAGAUGGUGAUCACCAAAAGUGGACGGCAAAUGUUUCCUCAAAUGAAAUUUCGCGUUUCCGGCUUAGACGCGAAGGCGAAAUAUAUUUUGCUCUUGGAUAUCGUUGCUGCGGACGAUUACCGUUAUAAGUUUCAUAAUAGUCGCUGGAUGAUCGCCGGCAAAGCGGAUCCAGAAAUGCCAAAACGCAUGUACAUCCACCCCGAUUCGCCGACAACCGGCGAACAGUGGAUGCAGAAGGUCGUCUCAUUUCACAAAUUAAAAUUGACCAACAAUAUUAGUGAUAAACAUGGAUUUACGAUACUCAACUCAAUGCAUAAAUACCAGCCACGGUUCCAUUUGGUGCGAGCCAAUGAUAUACUCAAGCUGCCGUAUUCAACAUUUCGGACGUAUGUUUUUAAGGAGACAGAAUUUAUUGCCGUUACAGCAUAUCAAAAUGAGAAGAUUACUCAAUUAAAAAUCGAUAACAAUCCCUUUGCGAAGGGUUUUCGUGAUACCGGCGCUGGCAAGCGGGAAAAGAAUUGUUACAGGCAAGCGCUCAUGUCGAAUCGCGGGUCCGAUUCGGACAAACUCAAUCCUACACAUGUAAGCAGCUCACGUGCGCCACUACAUUUGGGCCACACAGGACGACCACCGCAUCACAUGCUGCCGCAUGCGAGCUUACACGACAAUCAAGCGGACGAUGAGGAUAAACUAUUGGAUGUGGUCGGACCGCCGCAAAGCCCACUAUUGCCUUUGAGUCAUUCGUUGCAGCAGAUGCAUGCGCAUCAGCAAUCCGCCCUUGCAGCCUGGUUCAACCACUUGGCCGGCGCUGGUGAUCAUGCGAAUGAAGAAGCAUUACGUCGUCGCCUCCAGUCGGACGAUGUGGAACGUGAUGGCAGCGAUUCGAGUUGUUCGGAGAGUGUGGGCGGUAGUACGGGCGGCGCUUUCCGACCCACCUCGUCGGGUAGUCCGAAAGAGGGCGCCGCUGGUGGUCUGAAUGCAACUGGCGCAUAUCCAUCACCGAAUAUCUCAGUGGGACCACCGAUUCACCCAUCGCCGCAUCUGUUGCCUUACCUCUAUCCACAUGGCCUAUACCCGCCGCCACAUCUCGGACUGCUGCACAAUCCAGCAGCAGCGGCUGCCGCCAUGAAUCCGGCCAGUCUCAAUCCGGGUUUACUCUUCAAUGCGCAGCUAGCGUUAGCCGCACAACAUCCCGCCUUAUUCGGACACUACUCAGGACAUACGCCCGUCUCGCCGCUGCAAGGUCUGAAGGGACAUCGUUUUUCGCCGUACAGCCUGCCCGGGAGUUUAGGCUCCGCCUUUGAUGCCGUCACGCCCGGCUCAAAUGCGAAUCGUGUUGGCGGUCCGCCAGGUGCGGGUGAUGCCUCUACGCUGGGUCCCGGCAGUAGCGGACCGGGAAGUAGUAUAGAAAAUGGACCGCGCAGUUUAAGUUCCAGUCCACGACCACGUGCCUCAUCUAACUCGCCACCUACACGACCGAUUUCCAUGUCGCCCACAACGCCACCAUCACUGUUGAAGCGUCAAAACUCUCCAUCCGAGCUAAAGAGUAUCGAGAAAAUGGUUAACGGCUUGGAAGUGCAUCAUAACGGGAGUGGUGCGAGUGGCGGUGUAGGCGGUAUGGGUAUUGGUAUUGGCGCGCUGGUAAGUGGCGCCUUGGAGGAGUUGCAGCGCAAGACGCCAACGCAAAUGGAUCAGUGACAUUUAUUUGAUCGGGACGAUAACGACCGUUCGUCUGUCAUCGAUCUCGACGAUGUGUGACCGCAAGAGCAAGUUUUCCUCUUGCUUUAGUGGGCUUGCGUAGUAGCCGGAGCAGUGGGCUGGAUCCGAAGCCGGCACAGUAGCCUGCAUGUAUGUGCUGUGCGCGUUGCCUAUGGAGCCGAGAAAUGUGGAGCAGCCUUAUGUGAUAUGCUGCUUUCGAAUAUGUCAAUUGUGUGCGAAUUCUGCUUCGUCCUCGUGCGCCUGUGGAUCGUAAGUCUUUGCUGCAACGCGAAUGUACAUUAUGUUAUCUCGGGUGUGUAUAUAGUAAACCGUUGCAAAAAAACUAGCUUAAGUAGCAUAAUAAGCUUCGCAUAUGAUAUAGCAAUUAAAUUUAUGUUCCACAUAUAAUCCACACAUGGAAUUUCAUUAUUUGAAAGUAAAUAUUCAUUAUGGUAAUGCGCCGGUGCAGUGACGGGCUAAGAAUUUUAUCCUUUUGAACACUUGCAUUUUUGUCUUAGACAAACAUUUUCUGCUACAAUUUAUUUAGGUUUUAAUUUGUCUAAACAUUUUCAAUCAGAUCUAUGAGAACUUUUUUCAACUUUUUUUUACUUUGCAGACACGGUCCGCAUGUAAGUUUUACAACAUUAACUUAGAAUGAAUUGCUUAUAACUUACACUCAAAAUUACCUAAGUUCCACAUGCGAUCCACAUAAUAUCCACAUGCGAUUCACAUAAAAUCCGCUUGCAAUUUUUUGCUUAUUGAUUUAAAUUUAAGUUCUCUACACUAAUUACACUUUUUUUUUACAAAUUGACCAAAGUUCCACAUACGCUCCACAUUUAAAAUUUAUGAAUUUUUUCUUUCUUAACUUUAAAAUGAUUUAUCUAUGUGAAAAAAAUAUUUUCCACAAAAAGUCGCUGACUUCAACAAGCGAUCCACAUACGUUCCACAUAAAAAAAAUCAUACCACGCCAUAAGAUACACUUGCACUUUAAUUAAAUGCAGUUUCAGGCAAAUUUCAUUAGCGCUCUAUACUUGGCGCAUACGCAAAUGAAAUACCCUAUAUUAUAAUACUAAAUUUAAUAUACUCUUUUGAUUUCUAUUUCUAUAAAUAUUUUUAAAUUUAAUUAAUCUCUUAAGUUUUCAAACCAAAGAGUUACUUUCAGUGAAAAAA